AGCCAGCAGCGAGUUAAGAAAAUGGCGAUCAUGCAGGACGAACGCCUCCCCUCGUAGAUGCUGCAGACGAUCUGAGAUUCUUUUAGCCUUACAGCCGGCUUCUUCCUUUCCACUCGGUUGCACUUUAUACUUCAAUGAGAGAUUUGGAAUUGAAAAGCUGUUGCAACCAAAGAAGCUGAAGCAUCGAAACAGGGAACAUACCCACAGAGGGAAGAACAGUGGAUGGAAGAGAGAGAGAGACGGAGAUUGUGACGAGGACGGAGGAUAAGAAGAUACAGGACUGGUCAAAAGUGCCAGAGCAUACCAAGUCAAGGCACAGUCCUCAAUCUAAACCACAUCCCCCCUUCCCCCUCCCCACGUAAACACAAACACACACACACAAACGUACACACAUUCAGUCUUCAGCAAUGCCAAGGGGGCCUGCUCAGCCUGCUGCCCGCUCUGACAAGCCCCGCCUCUUCACCUCGGACCCUUGAGGCUGCACCCUCCGAGCUUUGACCUUUUCACCUCCCCAUCGUCGACCUGGGAACCAGAGGUCACUUUAUCUCCACCCAACCCGGGGACGCCCUGCUGCACAGCCAGGAGCUGCCGUGCGCCGCACCCACAGGCAUGGCUCCCAUUCGGGAUUCCGUCAGCCACUCCCCUAAUCAAACAGGUCUGGAGCAUCCUGGCUUGGACUCGCAGUAUGAGCCUUCCCCCUGGUCAUCUGGCUCUCCCUGCAGCAGUGACGGCAACAGCAACUGGAGCAAAGUCCUAGUGGACGGAAGCACCGACAAAACCAACAACCCUUCUUCAACUAACUCUUCCGUUUGGCCUCCCUCCUCUUCUUCAUUCUCUUGCUCCUCGUCAUCUUCCUCCUCUGGCUGCGGGUCAGGAUCAGACCCUGAGUUGGCUUCAGAAUGCAUGGACGCAGACUCUAGCUCCUCGGUCGGCUCAGAGAAAAACCUCGCCGCUGUGACAACAGUGAUGAUGAUGUCAGCAAAUGCUUCUUCUGUGUCUUCUACGGCGUCUUCUCCCUCCUCUUCUAUAGUGACUUCUGCCAUGAUGGUCGGCGUUUCAGUAAAUGGAGACAGCAACGGCAACAGUCGUCAGGGAAUUGGUGGAGGGAUGGGAGCCAUCAGCAGUGCAAAUAAUGGAAAUAACAUCACCGGGUCCUCCCACUACUCUGUGGCUGGGUCCAGCAGUAUUGGCAGCAAUAACAUGGGUAACCACAGCAACAAGCCCGUCAAUAAUAGUGGUGUAUGGGGCAGCAACAUGAUCACCACAGGCGGAAGCACCCCCUGCAUCAAUGGAGGGUUGAAUCCAAACACUUUAAACCCAAAUGCCAACCACGGUGCCUGGCCGCAAAACACAACCCCAAGUCCAGUGUCCCAGGGCCAACGGCCUCCACAGGGUCCGGGGAUGAGUUCCAAACUGGGUUUAGCUCCCCAACAGGGCCCCGUGCUGGGCUGGGGUGGCAUGGCAGCUCCAAACAACAGCAGUAUGAUGGAAGACACUGAGGUGACUAAUGGUACAGCAAGCAGCAAGGUGUUAGGAAGCAGCAACAGUGGAAAUGGUGGCCUACAGCCUACCAACCUUAACACUGAAUCCAAUGGACCAAAUAACACUAUUAUGAUGAAUACUACUACUACAACUACUACUAACGCCACAAUGACCUCUAGUCCACCAAACUCUACCGCCUCACCCCAACUCAGCGGGGAUUGUUCCUGGGGCUCUGUUGGAGGAGGGAAUGGGGUUCCGCUGGCCAAUGGAAACCCCUCAUCAGCCCCCCAGCACCCCCAAGGAGAGCUGGGCGGUCCUGGGGCCUUCGGUACACCUUGGGGCGCAACUACCUACCCUGGAGACAAGGGCACCCCAAAUGCUGACACUGUGAACCCCCAAAACCCUGCCUCAAUGCAGGGUGGGAACCCCCAAAUAUCCUCUACUGCUGCUUACAAGAGUAAUAAUAACCACAAUAACACUGGGGCCCCACGCUGGGACCAGGGGCCCGCCAGUAAUCCAAACCAGCCUCAGAGCAACUGGGGUAUCGGCUCAAAUCAAAUCGCUGGCUCUGCAGGCCAAGCACCAGGAAACGGGAGCCAAACGACGAUGGGCCCACCAGCAGGGAUACCUCGCCCCUGGGGGAGCAGCGCGUCGUCCUCUUCCUCGUCAUCAUCGUCCUCUACGACAUCUAACAACAAGACGGCAAAUGGAGAAUGGGGAUCAGCACCUCCUGGUAACCAUUUAGAUCCUGGAAGUCAUAAAGGAAGCUCUGCCAACAAUGGCUGGAAGAGCCUGGAGGAUGACGCCAUGGGUAUGGGAGGUGGAGGUGGAGGGGGAGGAGGUGGAGGUGGAAACCAAGUCCUGGGGAGUGUCACUGGAGGCUGGGGUCGCACUGGAGGAAGUGAGGGAAGCGGAGAAAGCUCCGGAGGCCGAUCCAGCUCAGACAGAGACGGCAGCCAGCAAAAAGGAGGAAAUCGCAGAAAAGUGAUCCAGCCUGCACCAGUAGUACCAGCUGUCCCCCAGACCGACGUGGACCCGAGGGUUCUGUCCAACACUGGAUGGGGACAGACGCCAAUAAGGCAGAACACCUCCUGGGAUGUCAAUUCUUCUGCUAACAGACUCCAAGCACCCAGAGGAGACGAAAGAAAGCAUAGCAGUGGGGGCCCCGGAUGGGGUCCAGCAGCACCGGCAGCUCCCUCCCAGACCUCCGGAGGUUGGGGGGGUGGGCCAGGAGGCUCAGGCCAAGGAGGUUCUGGCUGGGGAGAGCGGCCAUCCUCUGGGUGGGACAGCAAAGCCCCAGCAAGUGGAGGAGGUGGGCAGAGUGGCUGGAACGAUGGAUCCAGCUACAGGGGCAGCAGCAACAACAGCAACACCUGGAGCAAUAACACAAACAAAGACGACAGGUCCAAUACAUGGACUAAUGCCCCCAAACCGCAGCAGGGCUGGGGUUCCAAUCGUGGAAAUGGCAGGGAAGGCUGGGGUAAUGGUGGAGAUGGCUCCAGAACAGGGGGCAACAACCACUGGGGGGUCCCAAAAGGUGCCAGCUCAGGGGGCUGGGACAGGGACAGGGACAGUGAAAGCGACCGGUCAGGCUCUGGAUGUUGGAGCGACCAAAGCCGAACCAACACCAGCAGCAGCAACACCUGGGUAGGGAGCGGAGGAUCAAAUACCCAAGACCAGAGCAACCCGAACCCCAGCUCCAACUGGGGCGACUCAGUCCACAAGCCCAGUCCUCAGAGUAACAACCAGGGCUGGGGAGAGCCGAUGAAGAACAACCACGGAGCCCAGAACUGGGGUGAGCCGAACCCCAAGCCCUCUAACGAGUGGGGGAAAGGUCCUGAAUCCAACAUGUCGAGAGGCAAUCAACCCCCUAACAAGCCAACAGGCUGGCUGGGAGGCCCAAUACCACCAGCAGUAGGUACAAAGGAGGAAGUGUCAACUGGGUGGGAAGAGCCUUCUCCAGAGUCUGUCCGUCGAAGGAUGGAGAUCGAUGAUGGGACAGCAGCUUGGGGAGAGCCUGGUAAAAACAGCGUUGGAGCUGUCAACAUGUGGAACAGGCCUGGCCAACCAGAACAGGAGGUUGUGGCCCCGCCUACUCAGCACCAGCACCAGCCCCACCCAGCACGCAACCAGAUGCAUCCUCCUCAACCCAUGCAGCCUCAUGCCCAAGACAAAAGCUCCAGUUCUAGUUGGGGUGAGACUUUCCCCCAGAAGGAGUCCUCAACGUGGGAACCUCCCCCGGCUCCGCCUGUCAAAGUGGACAACGGGACAUCUGCCUGGGGAAAGCCCAUGGACACCAGCUCCACCUGGGAAGAACCCGGCAGGGAUAAGAGAGAGUCUGGUCCCGGAUGGGCUGGCCAGCAUAAGUCUGUGGCUCCAGGCCCCAAGCCCAUGGAGACAUGGGGUGGAGAGGAGGCGUCCAUGGGCAAUAGCUGGGACCAGGAAGAGGAGGUGGAGAUUGGCAUGUGGAGCAACAGCCAACAAGACAACAGGUCUCAUGACCAAAACACCUGGAACUACAAGCAUAAAUGCUCCAACAAGAUGAACAAACCAGUCAACAAACAGGAUGAACCCUGGAUGAAACCUUUCAUGAACCAGUUCAACAGCAUGAACUUUAGAGACUCCCCUGAUGACUCCAUGAAGUCGGGAGCAGGGAUGGUGCAGGACAAGCGUAUGGACAUGGGCGGUAUGGGAGACUACAAUGGAGUAAUGGGGAAGAACCCCGGGCCUCGGCACCAGCUCCACAAAGAGUCUCCCAUGGAUCGCAGCCCUUACUAUGAAAAGAAUGUAAACCCUAUGAUGGGUGGCAGCAGCGUAGCACAGGGCCGCGGCGGCCCCCAGUCCCAGAUCCCUCCCCAAUCCAACCUCCGUAACCAAGUGCCUCCACCCAUCCUGCCCUCUCAGGUGCCUCCAUCCCUGUUGAAGUACCCAGGAGGUAACGGAGGUCUGAACCCUCUGUUCGGCCCUCAGCAGGUGGCUGUGCUCAACCAACUCUCCCAGCUCAACCAGCUGUCACAGCUCAACCAGAUCAGCCAGUUACAGCGUCUUCUCUUCCAGCAGCAGCAACAGCAGAAAGCUCAGAACCAGAGAGCCAUGCCUGUAGGACGACCGACUGAACAGACACGUCCUAUUGGUUCAUCUCCGAUGAUGCAACCUCCACGGCACCUGGACCCCUCCCUGCUGAAACAGGCCCCGCCCCACAAACCCUACCUGGAUAACUACUUGUCCCACAACACCUCUGAGAUGCAGAAGGACGCUGCUGCUCUCGGAUCCUUCAGCAACUUCCCUUUAAGCUUGAACUCUAACCUGAAUGUACCCCUGGACAUGGGUGUUGUUGGUGGUGGUGGUGGCGGAUCUGUGAGCUACAAAGAGCCGCCCCAGUCCAGAAUGAAGAAACUUUGGGCUACUGACCCUCUAGAGCAGAACAGCAAACCUGGUGCUAUGUCGUCUGGGCUGCGUCUGGAGGACUCUCCCUUCUAUGACUUCCUGUCUCCUGGCCCGUCUCCCCUGAGUCCUCCCGGCCAAUCAAUGGGCUCGGUGGGCGAUGGCUGGCCGCGUGCCAACUCCCCCCCGCCCCAUGGAAACACUGUCACCUGGCCCCCAGAGUUCCGGCCCGGGGAGCCUUGGAAAGGUUACCCGAACAUUGACCCUGAGACUGACCCUUACGUGACCCCCGGCAGUGUCAUCAACUCCCUCUCCAUCAACACCGUCCGUGACACAGACCACCUCAGGGACAGGAACAACGGGCCAUCCUCAUCACUGAACACCACGAUGCCUUCUAACAGUGCCUGGUCAUCCAUUCGUGCCUCCAGCCACAGCGGUUCCCUCACCAGUACAGCACAAAGCACUUCAGCCAGACCCAGUGAGUCAAAAUGGUCUCCCGGCGGCGGUUCUGUGUCCAACUCCUCCCUGGCCCAUGAGCUGUGGAAGGUCCCCCUGCCUCCCAAGGCGCUGUCUGUGGCGGCCCCCUCCAGACCACCACCCGGCCUCACCAGCCAGAAGCCCAGCUCUGCCUCCUCCGGCUGGGACGGCUCUGCCCUGAGGCUGGGAGGGUGGGGCUCCACUGAGUCCAGAUACACACCCGGUUCAAGUUGGGGCGACAGCAGCAGCAGCUCAGGGAGAAGCCAAUGGCUUGUUCUGAAAAAUCUCACACCUCAGAUUGACGGCUCCACCCUGAGGACCUUGUGCAUGCAGCACGGCCCUCUGAUCACAUUCCACCUCAACCUGCCGCACGGCAACGCCGUGGUUUGCUACAGCUCCAAGGAUGAGGCCGCAAAGGCCCAGAAGAGCCUGCACAUGUGUGUUUUGGGGAACACUACUAUUCUGGCUGAGUUUGCCAGCGAGGAGGAAAUCAACCGUUUCUUUGCACAAGGGCAGUCAUUGGCCACCCCCUCCUCCGGCUGGCAGACCAUCGGCUCCUCUCAGAGCAGAAUGGAUCAGUCUCACCCAUUUCCCAGCCGCGCUCCUGAACCCAACCAGUGGAACAGCAGCGAUCUCCACAGCUCCUCCCUCUGGGGCGGGCCCAACUAUUCCAGUAGCCUGUGGGGGAACCCCAGUGGCACCGAGGCGGGGAGGAUCAGCAGCCCUUCUCCAAUCAGCUCCUUCCUCCCGGUGGAUCACCUGACAGGCGGUGGGGACUCCAUGUGAACCGCCUGGCAAUCAAACAGGCGUGAGGAAGGGUCAGUAGAGAAUUAUCAAUAAUCAGCAGAAGAAAAUGAAAAAAAAAAAGUAGUUAAAAAAAACGCAAUGGCACUAGUCGGACUCUUUCUCACUUACAAGAUGUACAACAAAACGGGGUCACCCCUGUGGAAAACAAGUUACGUUUCUCUCUCUGCACAUAUGUCCACUUUGUUUUAGCCCAAAAACAUAUCAGUCGGAAUACUUGAAUCAUGCAGGCCAAUUCUAUAAUGUGAACGGAUGGAUAUUUGCUUCCAGGUAGUGCUCUUUCAGACCGAAAAAAGCUUCAAUCGAGCUCAUUAUUAUUAUAUAUAUAUUUUUUGUUUCAUUCGUCAUGUUUAUUUGAAUUCCAAUUCUUUUCAUUUUUAACGUUUUCUUUUUGUUUUUUUUUGCAUUUGUUUGCUGACAAUGUUGGAGUAUGAGCUUUUUUAACUUUGCACUGAAUGUGGUUUUUUCUCAGUAUAUAUAAUCUGCAAUAUAGAGGGAGCAGCCAGUUUUUCCAGUGUAGCUGUUUACUCAUUGAGGUCCUUACCGUAUGUGUGUAUGCGCGUGCAAGCGCACGUAUGUGCGUGGAUGUACCUUGUGUGUGUGUGUGACUGUGUGCGUGAAAGAGUAUGUGUGCGCUCCUCUCUGCCUUGGCACGCCUACCUUACUGCGUUGUCGUGGAGUUCAAGAUCAACAGAUAGUUAACGAAGAAUAAAAGCUGACUUAGGAGGAUUAUCUGGUGAUAGAAAAAGUGACAUUAAAAAGUAUUGCACCAAUUUUGUUUUAAAACUAAAGAACGUUGAGCUCUGCAGUGCAAAGGACUGUAGCCGCAGCUGGGACUAGCAAGCCCCGCCCACCCCAGGUAGGGGGCGGGGCCUAUCUAGCAAGCCCUCCCACUAGCCCCCUAGUGGGCAGGGGGGAAACAGCACUUUCAGAAUAGGCUUUCAAUGUUUUGGAGGUGCCACACUGCAACCUCUUGUUUACAAGACUUAGGAGGCGGAACGUGUGUUCAUUCUUCAUUUUAAAGAGAAGAUAGAAUAAAAUAGAAAAUACUUACAAAAAAAAAUAAAAAAAGGAAAAAAAAAAAACAUUUAAAAAAAUGUAUAAAAGAAAAAACGAGAAAAAAAAAUUAAACUCUUAUUGAGGAUGAAGACGAUGCUUUGUAACUCUGGGAAUUCGGAUCAGUGUUUUUGGCCAUGGCGUUGGUUAUUUGAACUAUUCCUCUUUGUCUGCUAAAUAACCAGCAAUGGUUCUCAGGAAAUCAAGCCAGUUUUCCCCCCCUUGUAGGUGAAUUAAAAAAACUACUACUCCUUGUAGGAAAGGAAAAUCCAACUUCUAGCACUGAAAACUAUGUAUAGGUCUGUAAGUUUUAUUUUCUCUGCCAAAUAACUGCUUUAAGCUGGAGAAGCUCAACACACUGCUUUCAAUAUGCUGUCUUUGAGGGACGGGAGGGGAGGGAGGGGUCCUAAUGUAGAGGGGGGGGUGGAGGACGGGCAGCAGAAAACCCAACGCUCCCUCUCUCCUCCUCUUCCUCCACUCCUCCACUCCACUGAUGUACGAAUCAAAAAGUGGGGAGUGUUUAUUGUGCGAGUGUGGAAAAUGUUCUGUCUUGUCAGACUUCUAAACCAAGAGAAAGGCGAAUCCGUAUCUAUGCAUACUGUAGCCUCUCACAUGGCCUACUGAGAGGCGUUUCUUCUUUUUUGUUUUCCCCGUGUCUCACAAAAUGUUUUAAAUGUUUCAUUAAGUACAACAAAAUGCGAAUUAUUACUUGCUUUUUUUUUUUCUUCAUUGUUUUUAAUCGCUCUCAUUGCCACAAAUGGUGUUUUGACAAAAAAAAGGAAAGAAACUUAAAAGUUCCUGUUCGUUUUGGUUGAAGAUAAUAUUUUAACAGUGCAAAAGUCGUCCACAUUUCAUUGCCUUGAUCCUAAUUGUGUCCGAAGAUGCAACAACAAGUCAAGUGGCUUCUACCUGUUUACAAAUAGAAUAUGAUUGUAUUGUUCUACUGGGUUUUUUUUUUU